AUGGAGAAAAUGGUAGCUCUGAGAUCGCUGUAUCGCUCACUCUCCUCCAGAUCUUAUCGAGUAGCAGCCCUCAACCAGCAGCUGCUAUGUCACUCCCAACCUCACCACCACAACGCUGGCGCUGCUCGAACCCUCUUCAGUUUCUCAUCCCCCAUGGCCAAGGACCUCUUUUCUGAUGAUUGCAGGUCCCCUCUUUCAACCGGUUUGGGAAGUAGGCGAUUUUAUAGUGAUGAUUUGAGUCACAUGCCUCCCAUUAAAGACCCUGAGCUGCUCAAUGUUUUCAAAGAUUUGAUGGCUGCAAGUUGGGACAAGCUACCUGAUAGUGUUGUCCAUGAUGCAAAGGCUGCAGUUUCUAAGAAUACUGAUGACCAGACUGGGAAGGAGUCUGUCACUAAUGUUUUCCGUGCAGCCGAAGCUGUUGAGGAGUUCGGUGGGAUGAUUACAACAUUGAAGAUGGAACUCGAUGACAGCAUUGGUUUGAGUGGAGAGAAUGUUAAGCCCUUGUCAGAUGAGUAUGUGAAUGCACUAAAGACAAUUUACAACCGCUAUACUGCCUAUUUGGAUGCAUUUGGGCCUGAGGAGACUUAUUUGCGGAAGAAGGUGGAGACAGAGUUGGGAACCAAGCUGAUAUACUUGAAGAUGAGAUGCAGUGGGAUAGGCUCUGAGUGGGGAAAGAUCACUGUUCUCGGAACUUCUGGACUUUCCGGGUCAUAUGUUGAGCAAAGAGCUUAG